AUGUCUAUCCCAUUUUCAAAUACAAAUUAUCGCAUCCCACAAGGGUUUGCAAAUCUUCUAGAGGGGCUGACCAAGGAAGUUUUAAGACAUCAGCCUAAAGAUAUUCCACUCUUUGGUGCCAAGUACUUCACACAACUAUUGCAACAAAGACAAGAGACUGACUUUGACCCAGCGCAGUGGGGAGCUGCUUUGGAGGUUAGAUUCUACAACAAUGAUUUUCAGAAUGAAUCCUUCAGAAAACCACAAGAUGAAGCCAUUGACAUCCCUCUUGAUGAUCCUGAUGCUAAUGCUGCAGCUGCUAAAAUUCAGGCAGGCUUCCGUGGGCACAUGACAAGGAAGAAGAUGAAGAGUGGGGAGAAAGACCUGAAAAGCAAGGAUAGUAAAGAUGGCAGCAGCACAGGAGGAGAAAAUGAAGGUGAUUAA